AUGCUCCCGCCCCGCCGGCGCGCGCGAGCCCUUGCGGCCCCCGCCCCCGCGCCGCCCUCGGGCCGCUUCCCCGGCGUCGCCGUCUACCUGGCCGAGCGCAGGAUGGGCCGCAGCCGCCGGGCCUUCCUCACGCGCCUGGCCCGGUCCAAAGGCUUCCGCGUCCUCGACGCCUUCAGCUCUGAGGUGACCCACGUGGUGAUGGAGCAGACCUCGGCAGAGGAGGCCAUCUGCUGGCAGGAGCAUGUAGCUACUACUUGUCCAGAUGGCCCCCACCCUGCUCUGCUGGACAUCACCUGGUUCACAGAGAGCAUGGAAGCUGGGCAGCCUGUCCCUGUGGAGUUCCGGCAUCGCCUAGAGGUGGCUGAGCCCAGGAAGGGGCCCCUGAGCCCAGAGUGGAUUCCAUCCUAUGCCUGUCAGCGCCCCACGCCUCUCACACAUCACAACACUACCCUCUCGGAGGCCCUGGAUAUACUGGCAGAGGCAGCAGUCUUUGAAGGCAGUGAGGGUCGCUGCCUCUCCUUCCAAAGAGCAUCUGCAGUGCUCAGGGCCCUCCCCUCCCCUGUCACAUCCCUGAGGCAGCUGCAGGGGCUACCCUACUUUGGAGAACAUUCUUUAAGGGUGGUCCGGGAGCUGCUGGAACAUGGGGCAUGUGAGGAGGUGGAGAAAAUUCGCUGCUCAGAGAGGUACCAGACCAUGAAGCUCUUCACCCAGAUCUUUGGGGUGGGGGUGAAGACUGCUAACCGGUGGUACCUUGAAGGGCUUCGAACCCUAGAUGAGCUCCGAGAACAGCCCCAGAGACUGACCCAGCAGCAGAAAGCAGGACUGCAGCACCACCAGGAUCUGAGCACCCCAGUUGGGCGGUCUGAUGCUGAGGCCCUGCAGGAGCUGGUGGAGGCAGCCGUGGGACAGAUCCUGCCUGGGGCCACUGUCACACUCACCGGUGGCUUCCGGAGAGGGAAGAUGCUGGGCCAUGAUGUGGACUUCCUCAUCACCCACCCUGAGCAGGGCCAGGAGGUAGGGCUGCUGCCCAGACUACUGCACCACCUGCAGAGCCAGGGCCUUGUCCUGUAUCACCAGCACCAUCCCAGCCACUUGGGGGACCUCACAUACCUGGCCCAGCAGAAACACACCAUGGAUGCCUUUGAGAGAAGUUUCUGCAUUUUCCGCCUGCCUCAACCUCCAGGGGCUGCUGAGGGAGUCCUGGAGUCCUGGAGUGCCUGGAAAGCCGUGAGGGUAGAUCUGGUGGUUGCCCCCAGCAGUCAGUUCCCUUUUGCUCUCCUUGGCUGGACUGGCUCUCAGCUUUUUGAGCGGGAGCUGCGCCGUUUCAGCCGCAAGGAGAAAGGACUAUGUCUGAACAGCCAUGGGCUGUUUGACCCAGAGAAGAAGACGAUUUUCCAUGUUGCUUCUGAGGAAGAUAUCUUCCGACACCUGGGCCUUGAGUACCUUCCCCCUGAGCAGAGAAACGCCUGAUCCUGUGGUGUCCCCACCCCCACUGAUUCAUUUUGCAAAAUUAAUUUAGCCACCACUGGUGGAGCUCCUGCCUAGCAUACACAAGGCUCUGAGUUCAAACUCCAGCACUGCAUCAUCAUCAUCAUCAUCAUCAUCAUUUACUAUGUAGGUUAUUUUUCUUGGACUCUGAAUUUUCCGUUGAUCUCUGUGUCAUCUUAUGCUGAUACUAUACUGGUUUUGUGUGUGUGUCCUGCCUGUGCAUCUCUUCAUCUGGUGCUCCAGAAUCUGUGGGUCAGAACUGUCACAUCACAUUAUGUUUAGCUGGGCCAAUGUUUCCAUUACUGGUGUGGUCACAAGACAAAAGGUAGCCCAUGACAUCAGGAACACAGCUUCAGACAAAAUGGAUAGGGAGAUGGGAGGCCUGCAUGGGGCUGCUGGGAAAGAUGGGUUCUACCUGUCAGCCUCAGUGGCUUCUUUGGCCUGCAAAAAGUUCUCUCAAAUCUGUAUGUGAGGAUUCUUGGUCUGCAAGGGGCAGAAGGGGUAGGUGUGUGUAUAGAGGGCUUCUUGUGAAAUCAGGCCACACCUACCAAUCACCCUUUGCUGUUACCUGAGGCAUAGCAGGGGGUUAUGUUCUCCGAUCCCAAAUGUGGAAGUCCUGGGCUCAACUUCUUGUUGCCUAUCCUGUGGAUUGGCCCAUUUCUGGGUGUUCUGCUAUGUUUACUAUGCACAUGACAAUCCCCAGGACUCCAUCCUAGCCCUAGAGGUGGAGGCCCAUCAGAGCUAUAAAUUCUACUGUCUUUCCCAAGUGAGGUUUAACAGAACCCAAAGGAGGGAACCCAUACUGCCUGUGGGUUGUUCUGGAAGCCAAGCGUGGUUUGUGCCUUUGCCCCUGCUGUUGCUUUGGUGGUGUUUCCUACCAGGGCAGAUAUUUUUUUCCCAAAAGGAUGGCUCUGAGUCUGCUUUCUGGCUCUGCCACAGUGAUCUUUCAUUUGCCCAUCGAGGGGCCUUGCUCCCAGUUACUUCCAUCCCUGCAAGGUCCUUGUGCAGAGGGAAGGAGCAGAAGGCCAGGAAAAGAUCUGGAUGCAUGAGUGUGACCCCCCACACCCCAGCCAUGUGUAAUUCUCUGCCAGGCUAACUAGAACAAAGUCCCCAGAAGAUCUGCCUGGCAACAAACAUUAAGCACAUACACAAUUGUAUGCAACACAUGCCCUGAAGACAGUACACACAUGCAUACAACAUAUGUGCUGCAGGCUCUUAAUGCAGACACUUAGGCACCCUUAAACACAGUCUCACAGAGCUAUGUACGUGGGACACACACACACUCACUCCUUGGCUUCCCUCUGUAACAGUUUCCUUACUGUGUUAAGAGUGACCAAGAGGCCAGGUAUGGUGGUACCUGCUUCUAAUCUCAGCACUCUGCAGGUGGAGGCAGGAAGAUCACAAGUGAGACAUUCAAAGAAGUGACCAAAAUAGGGGCUGGAAUUUUGUUUUGUUUUUGAUUAGUCAUGGAG